UCCACUAGAAUCGCUUCUUUCCCAAAGACAUUUGUUUGUUUUGGUUUUCCCCGAAGGGCAAGGCAAAGGGAACUAUACCCAUACAGCCAUGUUUUUUGUAUUUUUUUUCUUGAUGAUGAAUAAUGAAAUGAUGAAAGGUGGUGACAAUGAAUGAUGAAACCUAAGCCCCCACCCUCGGAGCAGACUCCUACUCCGAAGCCCAAACGAAUUACUUACCUCAAAAGUCCCGAAAACUUUUGAGUUAUGAAGCGGCUUGUUGGCACGAAGCGAAAAUAGAUAGCUACACUUUGUUUAUUGAAUAUUCCGAUAUCAUAACAUCAUUCAUUCCCCACAAAAUCAUUAACCACAAAACACCACUUCGUAUAAUUUAGAUUAUUCAAUGAAGAAAGCAACCGUCCCGUUUCCGUUCCCGCCAAAAAGCCUUCCCAAAGACAACACUCGUAUCUAUGACAUCAACAAACUUAAAACCCCAAUCUGUCAAUAAAAAUUCCAAAAUUUACGAUGACAUCCUGAAAAAUAAUUACUUAUAAUGACUUUACUAAAUUCAAAUCGUUAUGUGUUCAAUACAGUCCUUCAUUUUACAUGUUUAUUCCUUUGCACUGUUACAAAAUUCUGUUGCUUCCGUCACCCUCAUGGAUAUAACGCACUUGAAGGGUAGGCAGACAACCACGGAGAGACAAUUUGUGGAUUGGACGCCGGGAGUGGAAGUGAAGAGGGUCAUCAUAGGUGACCAGGAAAUUGUAUUUAGAGUGGUCAACGGGCGAGACGUCAAGUUGGGCGAGGUUCCGUAUCAGAUAUCAUUCAGACGGAGAUUACGCAUGUCCCGCGUGUACGCAAACUUCUGUGGAGGCACCCUUAUUACUGAAAAGGAGGUUAUAUCAGCUGCACACUGCUUCCAUCGACCGAGUAUUACCGAUUUGUGUGGGAAGAGCGGCAGAGCCCCGAAGGAGCUGGUAGUGCGCACGUACGCGGUGGCGGCCAACCUGAAGACCUUCGACUACUUCCCGAAGAACGACGAGGAAGGCUCCGGGCAGUGGCGCGCUCUCAGGGACGUGUAUUACCCUGAGGAAUAUGACUUUCCUGACCACGACGUGGCCGUCGUGUUCCUGCAAGUGGCUUUUAUAUAUAACGCAUAUGUCGCGCCCCUUACGAUGGCGACACACUACCGCGACUACGAGGGCCUCUGCACCGUCUCGGGUUUUGGAAGACUGAGCACCCAAACGAUGUCUCCAAGGCUAAAGAUUGCGGAUCUCAGGAUGAUAAAGGCGUGGUACUGCGACCGAAUACACAAGGAGAACAUGAGGAGUUUUAUCUGCACCUCUGAUGAGGUCAGCGACAUCGGCAAAGGAGAUUCGGGAGGUCCUUUGGUGUGCAAGGGUACGAAUGACCCCAACGAAACCCAAUAUGGAGUCUUGGUCGGCAUCGUGUCUGGGAAGAGAAUAGCCACUAGAGACGGUUCAUUCUUCGUUAGGGUUACCUCUUACAAGAAAUUCAUAAUCCAAAAAUUGUUGAACAACUCGACUGCUACUCUCGAAAUCUCAAUUGAAAUGUUCAUAAUCACAUUUUUGAUGUGUCGGAUCGGUGUUUUUAAAUUGAGUUAAGCUUGAUGCAAACAGGACCGGGAGAGCGUCGGAAAUGCGGUUUGAUGCCGCUUACCCGGUUCUGUGUGCUAUGUAAGUGAAAAUAAACAGUUUAAAAGGAUAACCGUCCUGAGUUCGGGCUAAUUCUUAUCGUGCGGGUUGUGAGGUGGAAUACCAGCCUCAUCAACCCUGGUGUCAGGGUUAUGAUUGAGCCGCCAAAGGCCCCUGACAUGGCUCGUGUAACGAUUACAUACUUACAUCUGUAAGAAGUAACCGGGACCGACAGCUUAACGUGCCUUCCGAAGCACUAUUGUUCGGGCUACUGUUAACGAACUAUCUAAUAGUUAGAUUAUCUAUUGUUGAACUUGAUAAUUGUCAAAUGAUAAUAUUACUGACGCGUAAGUGCGAACGAGACAGAUAAUCCGCGCUCUUACCUUAGGCUGCUUUUCCACCAGAGCUGUGCGAGAUAGCUAAGUGGUGUGGGAGGAAAAAAUCCCCCCGAUACUGACCCCGCCGGCGUGGUCCACGAUUUCCCUAAGGGUCGAUUAAUUCUUUCAAAUAUUUUUUCCUCUCAGACGACGCCCUGAGCCUAG